AUGCGACAAUACUACCCUGAGUCAUUUCGUUGCGUACUAGUGGUCAAUCUACCUAUGCUUUUGGAAGCAUUUAUACCGAUCAUACGACUAUUAUUGGGGUCUAAAUACUCCCCUAUGUUGCACACAGCGUCCGCACAUUGCACACAACUGUUUGACUAUAUUGACCCGGAUAAUGUAGCCCAAUAUCUAGGCGGUAAUAAUAACACGGAUUUUACGGAACCUCCCGUUGAGUGCCAAUAUCGGACCGAAAAGUUAGCCCACAAGUACGGUCUGGACUCACAUGUUGUCCGAAAAGCCGUACAAAAAUUUGAGCCCCAUAUGAUGAACGCUAAACGACUGUUUAAGCAACGUGGUUGA